CUUUACGGUAUCUCAAUAGCCGUUUAUCAGAGCUAAAUUUGAAUUUUAAAAACCCUCUUCAUUUCCAUUCUUUUUUUUUAUUUUUUUAUUCGAGAACUUUAUCCUUUUCUUUUUCUUUCUUUUUCUUUUCCUUAGUAGAUACAGAUAAUAACGUUAGCAAUGGCUGAUCAACUUACCGAAGAACAAAUCGCUGAAUUCCGUGAAGCUUUCCAAUUAUUUGACAAGGAUGGCGAUGGUGCCAUUACCACCAAGGAAUUAGGUACUGUGAUGCGCUCUUUGAACCUAAACCCUACCGAAGCCGAACUUCAAGACAUGAUUAAUGAAGUUGAUAGCGAUGGAAAUGGUCUCAUUGACUUUAGCGAAUUCUUGGCAAUGCUUGCCAGAAAAAUGAAAGAUACUGACUCUCAGGAAGAGAUCCAGGAAGCAUUCAAAGUUUUUGAUAAGGACGGUAAUGGUUAUAUUUCUGCUGCUGAAUUACGACAUGUGAUGACAUCUCUUGGCGAAAGAUUGACCGAAGAAGAAGUAGACGAAAUGAUUCGUGAAGCUGACGUGGAUGGUGAUGGUCAAAUCAAUUAUGAAGAAUUUGUCAAGAUGAUGAUGUCCAAAUAAACUAAAACCUUUCAAAAUUUUACAAAUUCUGAUUAAUAAAUCCCAGAAAACCCAACUACAAUUCACCUUAAUACACAUAUACAAUUCUAUAGACUCCCAACCCCCUCCCCCAGACUCUUUUUUCAUAUUUCUUUUGGUAAUACAUACACUAGAAACAUCACAACAAAAAAACACUGUUA